AUGGAAAGAGGGGAGAAGAGGCGGGGAGAACAGGUGACGCGGUCAGAGGGGAAGGUGCGGAUCGGGAAGGUGCUGACCGAGCGGCCAGGGCCGGUGUCGGACGAGAAGGUGCAGGGUGAGAAGACAGCGAGAGGCGAGGGGAGCGCCGCUGCGGAGGAGGGAGGCCGGGGCCAGGAGCGGCCCGCCAGGGAGAAGGGGCGGGGCCUCCGGAAGGGGCGGGGCGAGGGGCCGGCGCCGGAGGAGCGGACCGCCCCCGACGCGGGGAAGGGGCGGGGCGACCCGAAGCCGGCGGGGGAGCAGGGGCGGGACAAAGAGAGGAAGCAGAGGGAGGAGCAGGCGGCCGGCAAGAGGCAGGGGCGGGGCCAGGGGAAGGGGCGGGGCGUGGAGAAGGCCCGGGAGGAGCGCGCGGGGCGGGGCCAGGCCAGGUACAGCACCGAGUUCCUGGCCCGACCCCGAGCCCGGAGGAAGAAGCGGGGCGAAGAGCCGUCGGGGGGCAGGGCCAGGGGCAAGAACAAGUGUGCGGUCUCAGGCUGGAGCAGGACCGGGGAGAGCAAGAGGGGCUCCCUCAAAGGCCGCGGCCCGGAGCGUCAGUAG